CCAGAAGCCGCCAGCAGGGGACAACAACGAGCAAGCAGCACAAAAGACCACGAAGAAGAAGAGAAGACGGAAACGGCAACAACAGCAAGAGCGUCGGGAAGUUUUCAGUCAGUAGGUCAGUCAGUGAGUGAUGACGUCGCCGAUGCCGACGAAGGUGUUCCGCAGCCCGGCUCGUCACGGCUACGCGGUAGAGGCUUCGCCCUUCUUGGCCCAAAGGCUGGCGUGUGCCACCUCUCAGCACUACGGCAUAGCAGGCGGGGGCUCCCUGCUGGUCCUCGACGACACGCCGGCCGGACUUCGCCUCGUGAGAAGGUGGGAGUGGAGCGACGGGGUGUUUGACGUGUCGUGGAGCGAGGCCAACGAGCAUGUGUUGGUGGCGGCGGGCGGCGACGGCAGCCUGCAGCUGUGGGAUGCCCACCGGCGGGACGUCGCCCCCCUCAGGGUGGCCAAGGAACACACGCAAGAGGUCACGCGCACUCUCUGGGGCGCUCGUGUGUCCACGUGUAUGUGUGUUCAUGCGAGUGUGUGUGUGUGUGCGUGCGUGUGUACGCAGGUGUAUGCGGUGGACUGGAGUCAGACGAGAGGCGUGGACGCCAUCGUGUCAGGAUCGUGGGAUCGCACCGUCAAAGUGUGGGACUCCGUCCUCGGCCAAUCGCUGAGCACCCUCACGGGUCACCAGGGGGUCGUCUACAGCACCAUUUGGUCACCUCACAUCUCGGCGUGCUUUGCUUCAGCCUCAGGUGACGGGACGCUCAGAGUGUGGGACGCGAAGGCGGGCGCCUGCCCAUUGGUGGUCCCGGCUCACGACGCUGAGGUUCUGAGCUGUGAUUGGUGCAAAUACGAUCAGAAUAUUGUGGUGACAGGCUCCGUGGACCGCAGUUUGCGCGUUUGGGACCUGAGGAACCCCAGACAGCCUGUCAAUCAAAUGAGAGGCCACGCCUACGCCGUCCGUCGGGUCAAGUUUUCUCCAUUCAGUGGCAACAUGUUGGCGUCCUGCUCGUAUGACUUCACCGUCAGGUUUUGGGACUGGAAGAAUGCAAUUCCUCUCGUGGACACGGUGGAGCAUCACUCUGAGUUUGUGUGUGGAUUAGACUUCAACAUGCACGUACCCAACCAGGUGCUGGACUGUUCGUGGGAUGAGACUGUGAAGAUCUACACGCCGCCGCGUUUAUCUGCCGCCACGCCGCACCCCUGACCAGGACACGGCGAUGAUAACGAGGACGAUGAGGACACGCCCCCGCCCGCCACGACAUCAUCACGCCUCAGAGACGCAGGUCACCCGAUGCGCCCCGCCCCGCCCCUCGCCUUUGUCGUGGCGCCGACUUAAACAGGAAGUAGCGCUGCCUAUCCGCAGCUCAAGUUCCCGUGGCGAACGGCUGUACGUCCGGUAAGAACGAGGCGAGCGGCCGAUCGGACGGCUUCCGGUUUUCCAUCCAUCGGUUUGCCGGCGUGGACUCAUGCUGGCUAAUUCCCGAUUGGAACGCUAACCUCGCGCCAAUACGUUGCAACAUUUCCGCGGCGCCAAAUGACAGCAGAAGUCGUCCGCGGGAACUUCCACGCGGAGCCAGACAUUGAAAGCUCGCCCCUCGCUUGUUGCGUCUGUGGGGCAAGCGGAUGAAUUAGCCCCCCUCAGAUGCCCUCUCUGGACUUAUUUGAACAUUGAUGAACAGCGAUUGAAUAAAGGGUGACCUUCAA